UGACAAAACCCACGGACACAGACACAGCCUUCUUAUAAUGACGCCGGACUCCCCGACCACAUCCACCGCUGCCCGGCCCCGGUUUCACCCCCCCCACCUUCUGGUGGACCGCAGAGAACGUUCUGGUUCCAGGACAGCGACGGAGCCCACCAGUGCAGACUGCCCAGGGGGUUGCCGUGUUGGUAAGCCAAAGGUCUCCUAUCAAACGUCAUCACGGGGCCGCAUACCAGCCGAUCGGAGGGAGCAGGCGCGACCGGUUGGGCUGCAUGGUGAAGCCUUGAAGGAUCUGAGGGAGGGCUGAACAAGAUAAACAGUCCCACGACGUGAACCCUUGCCAAUCACCAAUCACUGUCGAUCACUGCUUUGCAUCUGAGACGCGGGGAAGUCUGGCUUUAGAUCGCUCUGAAUGAAGACUAGUAUUGGACGGGAGACGCAAUCAUGAACAAGGAAGCAGUCACCCUCACACGGUUCACGGAUCGGACCAAGAUAUCUCAUGCAGUUAAGCGAACGGGUAGCAUCAGGCUACAUGGGAUGCUAUCACGGGCCUCCGUGAGGGGGCCCGGUGGCCAAAAGACCCCCACGGCGCGUCUUCAGGCGGCCUCUUCCUCUCUCCCUGAAGGAGCAUUCCCGCUCUGCACUCCUCAAACGGCGCUCCAGGCAUCCCCUGGGGAGGCCUCCGCUCCGCCUCCCGACUCCUCCCUGUCCCAGCCGCCCCUGAGCUCGACCUCUGACCUGGGUCGAUUCCAGAGCCCGUCCGAUCUCUCCAGCCUGGAUCAAUCAUCCGCCCGGCACCUGUCGUCACAGAACGCGGCGGCGGCGGCGGCGUUUGGGAGCGCGUCGUUGAUGAACCAGGCGUUCUCUGACCCGACGUGGUCGCCCCAGCUCACAGAGCCGUCCGGCGGGUACGACGCGUCCCCCGCCCCCGCGGCGGGAGACGGGCUCAGCCGCUCCGUGGCGGAAGGCGACGGGUCCGUUGUCAAAAAGGCGGACGUGUUCCCGUGGUUCCCCUUUGACGAGAACACCCUCGAUCCGUUCAGAACCCCGCCGGGCACCCAAGAGGUCCAGGCUCCGGAGCGCGCGGGCCCCUUCCUCUUCUCUCCGGAGCAGCAGGAGAACAUCUUCCAAUCCCGGCCCAAGGAAGGAGACAAACUACUCCGGACCCCUCUCCCGGAGAAGGAGACCGGUUUGUUCCAGACGCCGCUCCCGAACGGAGCCCUCGUCUACAGAGAUCCCUUCUCUGCGGACAACGACCUGUUCAGUUUCUCAGAUCACCCGCCGAGUGAGGCGCUGUCGCUCUCGACCAACGGGAUCCAGCGUUCUCCCGACGGCGACCCGUUCUUCCAGCGAGGGCCUAUGGAAGCACAGGGGUCCGUCGUACUCCCCGCCCCCUUGUCGCAGUCCGCAAACCGACCUUCCGGCAGUCCUAAUUGGUCGGUUUGCGUCAACACCAGCAGCGCUUCCAGCUCCGCCCCCGCCGCCGACACCAUCACCGUCACGGCCCCCCGCGCCGCGCUUUCCCCCAACCUUUCCGACGCGGCGGACAUUUUCUCUCCCGCCGUCGAUCCCGGGACGGGCGUGGCUCCGACGUCCCGCCCUCCAACGCCGGCCCGCCCCGACGUACCGCCGGCCGUGACGCUGACCACCCCCAUGGGAUCGAAUCGUGGCAUACUCCAACCGACGCCCUUCGCUCUGGCCCUGGCUUCCAUGGCAACGGCGCAACCGUCCCCGACGCCGUCGGGCAGCGCCUUCAGCAGACCUCCGAAGCCUGUGCCGCGUGGCAGACCCCAGCGGCCCGCGGGCCUGGUACUCCGGCCAACAGAGAGUCCGGCUGGGCAACAUGCUUCUCCAGCGCCCGGCAAGACUCCACCGAAGACACCACCCAAAGCUCCACCCAGACCGACCCUACCGGCCACCCUCAGGUUCUCCCCUAGCUCGCCCUUAACUCCAGAACCCUUAACUUCAGAACCCUUAACUUCAGAACCCUUAAUUCUAGAACCCUUAACACUCAAGCCAGCACUAGCCCCCGCCCUCGCCCUCAGCCCCAUCGGCCCCUCAAACCCCUUCACCACCCAAGGACCGACCCCCACCCUCACCCCCAUCACAGCCUCGAACCCAGAACCCUGGAUGGUCCAGAAACCCACCCUCACCCCCACCCCGACCUCCACGUCAACCCCAAACACUCAACUCUCAGAGCCACACCCCUUGCCCUCAGCCACCCCAAGACUGAACACCACCACCUCCGCCUCACUGACCCACGUCACGGCUCCAACGCCGACCCCCAAGCCGGUUCCUCGCCUCAAACAAGCUGCAGAGAAGGAUCCCCCUGAAGGGGACGUCGUCUAUCUGGACAUCGUGCUCAACGGCCAGGAGAGAUGUGUUGAAGACUGGCCCGAGGACAGUCCUCAGCUGGACCCCGAAUUCAAACCGUCUGGAACCUUCCGGCUGCGCAGAGAAUCAAUGAGGGUGAACGGUCUCUCUGAUGGAGAUGGCUACAGCCCUCUGGACAAUCCUGAGAAGAAAAGAGGAAGAAAAUUCAGAACGUCAACUUUCCUCAAAGGCUCGCUUAAGGAUAAAUAUCGGAAUGUGUCAAACGACGGCAAAGGUGAAACGCUUCUCAGGGCGUCAAAGCGUGACAAAGAAGACAAAGAUGACAUCAGCGACUACUCCUUCUCCAAGAGUUCAAUGGAGGCUUUUCCAGAAACUAGCCUUUACGAAGACGAGAUGGAAGAGGAAAUGGACCACAAGCCGAAGAGUAAGGCCAAGCUUCGGCUUGGCACCUUUCUCCGCAAGGGUUCCGAGGCGUCUGUCCUCCACAGCAAGGCAGACGGCGACCAGGUGAAUGCCAGCCAAUGGGACGACAGCCGAUGGUGUCAGGAAACGCAGGAUGAGGACGGACAAAGGCUGAAGGUCCAGAAGAGCGACUCCGUAGCGCGGCGAUGGUCUGAGGGUAUGCUCCUGGAUGAUGAAGACGAGGGUAUGAAGAAGGGGACGAGCGACGGUGACAUUAAGAAGAAAAACAAAUUGGAAAUCAAGUUUGUUCCACGGAGGGGUUUCGCCAUCAGCAGAGUGGCGAAAGAGGAGGAAUCGAAAGGGGCUUCCGGCUACUCGCCCAAAAGAGGCUCUAAGGGCUAUGUGUUCGAGGACCUGAACACUGCAAAUAUCUACACUCCUCAGUCUACUGGCAAAGCAGCGUUCCUGGAAGAGGAUUACUACGGUUCCAACGUUUCGGCGGGACUCAACGGAGACGACUUCCACCACGACAUGAAGGACUGCAGACCGAAAACCCAAGUGUCUAAAUAUCCGCUCGUGAAGCGCCGAAGCUCCAAGGAGGACAUGCUGGAGGAGUGCAGCCCUUAUCGCCCCGAAGGGUUCUCUGAGAAGUGGGAGGAUGGAGAGGAGAAGGAAAUGGAUUACGCCAAACAGAAAAAUCCCAAACACAAAAGUCAUAAACAGAAGCCGUCCCAGAAGAAGGUGUUCCUCCACGCGUCCCCCAUGGGCUCCUUCCUGGAGGACGAAGACUACCAACAGGGUGAAGGGGGUCCCCCCAGCCCUUGGGGGCCGUACGAGGAGGAGGAGAACGGGAUGGACCUCUCAAAACCCCAUAAGAGGUUGCCCAAACUAAAAGGGAUUAAGAAGCACAAAGCAAAGAGUGGGACCCUGGAUGUGGACCCCCCAGGAGCCACCUCUAGUGACUACUUCCAGUCCGAGGCUGCCGCGGCGGAGUGGUUGUCCGCCCAGAGGGACGAGCGUGCUAUGGCUGGGCUGGAGAAGGGGGAGGAGGAUGGGGACACCGACAGUCUGAUGGAGUGGUGGAACACAGUGGAGCAAUGGGACGAGGUGCCUUCAGAUGAUGAGGACCUCGACAUGAAGGAAGACGAGACAAAGUCGUUCACCGCCCUGGCGCACAAGGUGCACCGCGGCCUCAGCGUGUUCGACAAGGUGUUCACGGAGCGCGCCGAGCUGCUCUGGCAGCACAUCGUCGCGCUGCACGCCGUCACGGACGACAUCAGCAGCUUCCACCGCAAGGCCAAGAUCGCCAGCAUCACGGGCGGCACCACCACGGCCGUGGGGGGCGUGGCCGCCAUCGCCGGCCUGGCGCUGAUCCCCGUGACCUUCGGCGCCUCGCUGCUGCUCACGGCCGUGGGCGUGGGCGUGGUGGCGGCCGGCGGCAUCACCUCGGCCUCCGCCUCCAUCUCGGACAACAUCAACAACAUGCACGACCGCAAGAAGCUGGAGGUGCUCCUGAAGGCCUACGAGGCCCUCCUGCUGGACCUGGGCCGGGUGCUGCGCUUCGUGGGCCAGGGGCUGUACCGGCUGCGGGGCCACCCCCUGCUGCGGGCGGGGAACCAGCACUACGCCGCCGCCUGGGAGGUGCGGCGGGCGGUGCAGACCAUCGGCCAGGUGGACGAGCCCGUGGCGCGCGCCCAGGCGCUGGCCGAGGACUCGGUGGUGGUCCUGCGGGGGCUCUUCCAGGGCAUGGACAAGUACUUCGUGAAGGACUCGCGGGAGCUGAAGCGCGGCGCCAAGGCGGAGCUGGUGACGGAGGUGCGCGGGGUGGUGGGGCAGCUCAACGACGGCCUGGUGGAGCUCAGCGCCAUCAGGCAGGAGCUGCAGGACGCCACCGGCGGGGUGUGAUUGGUCGUGUUCCCCCCCCCCUUCCCUACCACACCACCACCACCCUACCCCCACCACCAUCAACCCCCGACCGCACCACCACCGUCACCAUACCGCUACCACCAUCACCCCCACAACCACUACCACCCCUAGUGCCACACCCUCAAUCACUACUAGCCCUAUACCCCCACCACCAUCACAACCACCCCUAACCCCAUACCCCUUCCACCGCCACCCUCCUCCUCCUCCCGGUUCAUGUACAGGCUGCUUUCUGGUAAUAGUUAGACCGGCAGCGCCCUCUACUGGCUAAGCUGAGGUAUGACACCACCCCGUCAUACUCUUAAGUAUAUGCAGAGACGCACUGGGCGCAGUACCUGUUGUUCCUGUAGGGAUCUAAUUAUUGUCGGAGGUUUACGUAUAUGGGGUGUAAUUGAGUACAGUU